CCCUUCGGGCCUCCUAUUUUCUCCUCAUUCCCGCUUCGACCCCCCAAAACCCUAACUCAGCUAUCUUCUUCCUCGUCGAACUCACCUAACAAAACAUCGGUCCGUACGAAGGAAAAGCAAAUACAGCAAACGAUUUCUCUGAUGAAAGGAGCUGGGAGAAAUAAGAGCUUUGCAGCUGAACAUAGGGAUGUAGGGAGGGAGUGGGAGAAGUUGGGGUGGAGUCAUGGGUAUUUUGAGAAAUGGAGGUUCUUGCAUAUGCUCAGGUCUUCUACACUCAAAAUCAGAAAAGAGGAUGACUGGAUCAAUAUUUAUUUCAAAUUUAUUAUAUAGCUGUGGAGCCUCUUGGAGGAAAUGAGCAAUGGAGCUUGUGGAGUAGCACCCACACAGCAAGGAUUGCUAUCUUGAUAGACUUGUUCAGCCUUUUCAAUAGUGGCAAUGAGUGGUCGUUAUUCUCGCACUAUAUAUGUGGGUAACUUGCCUGGGGAUAUACGAGAGCGGGAAGUUGAAGAUUUAUUCUACAAGUAUGGCCAUAUAGUGAACGUUGAAUUGAAGAUUCCACCUCGCCCUCCUAGCUAUUGUUUUGUGGAGUUUGAGAAUGCUAGGGAUGCUGAAGAUGCAAUCAGGGGUCGGGAUGGCUACAGCUUUGAUGGUUAUCAUUUAAGGGUUGAGCUUGCUCAUGGUGGAAGAGGGCAAUCAUCAUCACUUGAUCGUCGUAGUAGUUAUAGCAGUGGAGGGGGUGGACGAUUUAGUGGAGUAUCACAUCAUUCAGAAUAUCGAGUUAUUGUUCGGGGAUUGCCUUCGUCUGCUUCGUGGCAAGAUUUGAAGGAUCACAUGAGGAAGGCUGGGGACGUGUGUUUUGCUCAAGUUUUUCGUGAUCGUGAUGGAACAAUGGGUCUUGUUGAUUAUACUAAUUAUGAUGAUAUGAAAUAUGCUAUUCGGAAACUUGAUGACACUGAAUUUAGGAAUCCUUUCUCACGGGCUUAUAUUCGGGUGAAACGCUAUGAAGGGAGUGUACCAAGAAGCCACAGCAUCAGCCGCAGUAGGAGCCGUAGUAGGAGCCCUACUAAGAGCAGAAGUCCAAGACGGAAGAGCAAGUCAUUAGAACGUUCUCCAUCUAGAUCAGCUUCUAAAUCUGUUUCAUCGAGAUCUAGAUCUGCAUCUCCUGCCAAACUGUCCAGAUCGAGGUCAAGGUCAAGGUCGGCCUCACCACGCCCGGCACGGGCGGAUGGUAAUUGAUAGGCUUAGUUCCAAAAAUCAAACUCUGGAUGGAAUGCCCUUACGUGGAAGUCCUCAAAUCGUUCACAGACUUAACUCUUCCCCUUUUUCUUUUUUUUGGAGUGUGGUGAUUAAAUGAGCGCAGAUGCUGAUUUCUUGGUUGUUCACCAAGCAGUUCCCGGAUUUUCAUUUCGAGCAGCAAUGUUUUACUUUGCGUAGUUUAAUGCAGGAAAAGUUAUGGAUAUUGGGAUGGUUAUUAUGUUACUGGUAUUUGCUUGACUGUGGCAUACUUUAUCUUUUGUUACUCUGGUUGUAAUGCUUAAUUUCAUUUUCAGUACAA